AUGACAAGCUUCUUAAGUGGUUUAUAUGAUUUCUUCCUAGAUGGUGGGGACGAGACACUGGCGAACUUUCCUGCUAUACUGGAUCAUCAAGCCGCCGAGCAAUCUCUAGGAGGUGUGAGAUUCUCAGCAGAAUGGUUACAAUUAAAAGCCAAGAUCGACCAAUUACUUAAUGAUAAGAACGAUCAAGAUGAAUCGUUAUCCAAAGCAUUGAAAAUAUUCGCCAAAGUGAUAGAUACCCUAGAUUUAUACGCACCAUCCCUCAAAGGUCUGACGGACGUACAUGCCUAUACAUGCGAGACUUUGGAAAGUAUCAUUUUCGAUCAACCUGUUGCUGAUCGAAGAGGACAAGCUGCAGCAUAUUUAUAUGGUCAAGCAAUGGCAAUGUCCAGCUUAACUUCCGAAGCGGUUUCCCUAGCGAUUGAAAACCUCUUACUAAGAGGCGAUCAGAUAGCUUCGAAUCUUGCAUUGUGUAUUAUACUGGGUAUAGAAAGAAGUAGUUCGAUAUUGUUUGAAAGUCAUUUACCGGUUUUGUUAAGGCAGGUUCAGAUGGCUGCUUUUGGAAGUGCGGACAAGUCAGUCUCGCAAGAAUCACUCAUUCGAGCACUAAAGAUUUACUCACCUUCUGAAAAAGCUUCAUCGUGUCAGACAAUCUUACAGUCUACACAUUCAUUGUUGGCUGCAAGUCUUAGACUAUGCGAAGAGCAUACUCAUUCGCUUGCACAUGCACAUGUGCACGGUGUAGCGGGUAAAGAAGAAGAAGGUUUAGCAUGGUGUUGUUUCAUCAUUGAACAUACACCGAUGCUCCUUCGUAAUGACCUUCGAGUCCGAUACCCAACCACCUGCUCUUCCAAAUCAAUAUACAACCUUCUCCUCCCCCUCUCCUCCAAAGUAUCUCUCUCAGCGCAGAUUGCACUUUGUGCGGCAUUGCCAAUACUUGCCACAUGGGAUACGAUGUCUUUCGUAGAGAAUGGGUUGAUGGACGAUACAAUCAGAUUCAUGCUGGGUCUAACACAGAGUACGGGUGAGGGUUUGAGGGUGGCGGCAUUGCGGGGUUUGGGGCAGGUUGCGGGAGUUGUAUUGCAUCGCUUCGAACCAUUCUUGGAACAAGUUGGACAAACUGCUUUGGGAGUAUUGAAAGAGCAAACAAGACCCAAAGACCAAAAAGCAGCUCAAAAACUACUAGCUCGUCUCUUAGCAUCCCUUGGUCCAAUCACUCUAGACGUAAUGAUAGAAUACCUUCAUCAUCCACAUCACAUCUUACUUGCCGAUGUGGAAUUGUUGGAAAUGAUAGCUACGUUGUUACCCAAUUUGGCGAAGAGGAUUAUACAAACUUUGACUGAUAUUAUUGAUGAUCUAUUGAGUGAUAAACAAUGUGGGUAUCCUACUGAAGCUGUACUUGAAGCAUUAAACGUAUUUCCUCUAACCGAUCGAGAUCUGGCUGCAAGAGCACAAAAGUUGGUAUUGUGGAGCCUUGAGGAAGAUAAAGGUAAAAAUAUCGUUAUUGCCGCUUUGCAAUUAUCGACCAAUCCCAUUAUAGCUACCUUAUCUAUAAUGAGGAAUCUAACUUUCAAAGCUGCCCAUUUACUCUUGGCAGAUGACGCGCACGUAGUUCACGUAGCUCUAUCGGUCCUGGCCAACCCCGCCCUCGCAUCGAUGUUAGACGAACGAUCAUGUUCCAUGAUUCUCCUAGCACUGCAUCAGUCGUUAGAACCAUCCAUUCAAAUCGUAGCUGCAAAAUUGUUGACUCAUCUCACUACGGCGCACAAGGCGAUCGUCCAACCUCUAGCAUGGAGUCAUAUUCGACAGAGUCUAAGUCUGAUGGAUUUCUUACAUUCAGUGGAUCCAAACAGGGCAGUGGUGGAAGCUUGCAUUAUUAGUAAUCUGUUACCCGCCCUUCCACCUGCCCUACACAAGAAAUACGUCGGCCCCGUCAAAGAGUUAAUAAUGACCGGACUCCGACGGCCAUCAGAAGCCAAUAUCCUCUCAUUAAUCUUCCAAGGUUUAUCCAACUUAUCCAAAUUCGAAAGUUACUCUUCAGAUCAACAGGCUCAACUGACUUACGACUUAUUGGAAAUGACAUUAGAAAUCCCAAAAGAUUGUCAACAUGCUUCCUUGAAUGCAAUUUCGAAUCUGUUGUCAAUUCCGAAAGAUGGUUUGGAUGUAUUUGAGUUGUUGAUUAAAGUACAUGCGAUAUUUGGUAAUUCGAAGAAUUCCCAAAGUACCUCUGGUAUUGGAUUAGGGUUGGAUGAUGAUCUAAAGGCUUUGGUCAGUAGUAUCUAUGGACAUUUAGGUACGGUCGAGAGGAAUCCUGUCAUCAAUCGAGACUCAAAAGCAGCUAUCAACCGAGAAACAUCCACCUACCCAUCCAAGAUCCAACAUUUAUCCCGUAUCGCCGAAAUCAGAGAUCGAUAUGGUCCAUUAUCAUCAACUCAUAUCAGUCAUCUUUUGAUCGAAAACCUGUUAGGUAGUUUGAACGUUUCUCAUAAGAGUAAUAAUGAUGAUAGAUCGGGUAUAAUUGAAACGAUGACUUGUUUAUCUAUACUUCAACCAUCCACCGCUCCAGCACCAGGAGGUUCCAAUCACUCCAGUGGUAGUGGUGGAGGAAUAGUAAAUUUGAUACCGGAUUUACCACUUAAGAUAAUUAAAGAAUUGAAAAUAUCUUUGAAUUCAAGGGAAUCAAUCAAAGAUAUCAAUUCUACUUCGAUAUCAUCCAAUUUACUAUUCUUGACUUGCGUCUUACAUCAAGAUUUGAAGAUAUGGUUAAAUAAUUAUUGGAAUGAUACCACUCAAAUCAUGUCGGAAUGUAUAACUUCAGGAGAGGUUUUACCUACUUUGAGGGGGUUGGAUGUGGUUUUAGAUGCUAUUAGUGAUUAA